AUGAUCUUCACCCUACCAUUGCCACCGCAAAUGACUCAAUACUUCCCGUCUGAAGUCUCUGAUGGCUUCCAGUGGUUCGCCUUCUGGUCUUUCUCCGCACUCCUCGUUGGACCCUGGAUGUUUUGUGUGUAUAGACUGAUCACUCACUCCCUUGGAAGAUCGAAAAGAAUCAAAGAAGUUUUGGACGAUCGAACCGCCCCCAAGACAGUGGUUGUAAUGCCGGUGUACAAAGAAGAUGCGGUGGUUCUGAUCAAAGCAAUCAACUCGGUUGUCGACUGCGAUUACCCAGCCUAUUGUAUCCACGUAUUCCUGUCAUGGGAUGGGGAUACAGUGGACGAGCCAUAUCUUCAAGUGAUCCGGCAUCUGGGAAUUCCAAUAUCGUUACCAGUCUAUCCACCGAGCAUUGAUGUUUGCUAUAGGGGUGCUCGGAUUACGGUUUCUCGCUUCAAGCAUGGGGGCAAACGGCACUGCCAAAAGCAAACAUUCAAGCUCAUCGAUAAAGUAUACAAAGAAUAUCUGAAGAGAUAUGACGAUCUUUUUGUUUUGUUCAUCGACUCCGACUGCAUCCUUGACCGGGUAUGCUUGCAAAAUUUCAUGUAUGAUAUGGAACUGAAGCCAGGAAGCAAACACAACAUGCUGGCCAUGACGGGCAUCAUCACUUCUACGACGGAAAAAAACACUCUUCUUACAAUUCUUCAAGACAUGGAGUACAUUCAUGGACAACUUUUCGAGCGUUCAGUCGAGUCCGGCUGUGGUGCUGUGACCUGCCUACCGGGGGCAUUGACAAUUUUAAGAUUUUCUGCGUUUCGUAAAAUGGCCAAAUACUAUUUUGCAGACAAGGCAGAGCAGUGCGAUGACCUCUUCGAUUUUGGCAAGUGUCACCUUGGUGAAGAUAGGUGGCUCACUCACCUUUUCAUGAUUGGAGCCAAGGAACCAUAUCAAAUCCAAAUGUGCACCGGUGCCUUUUGCAAAACCGAGGCUGUACAAACAUUCGGUAGUCUUCUGAAGCAACGACGUCGCUGGUUCUUGGGAUUUAUUACCAACGAAGUAUGUAUGAUCACCGAUGUCAGAUUGUGGAAACAGUAUCCGCUGCUGUGUUUGGUUCGCUUCGCACAAAACACCAUUCGAACCACCACUCUGUUGUUUUACAUGAUGGCUAUUUCCUUGAUUACAACCUCGAAAAAGGCUGAUGAUUUACCGGUCGGUUUCAUUGGGGUCUCACUUGGCUUAAACUAUUUGCUGAUGUUGUACUUUGGGCUUCGUCUCAAACGCUACAAAUCAUGGCUGUACCCGAUCAUGUUCGUCUUGAACCCGAUAUUUAACUGGAUCUACAUGAUGUACGGGAUCUUCACUGCAGGUCAGCGUACCUGGGGAGGACCACGAGCAGAUGCUGCAGCUGCUGAUGGCCGAACAACCCCCGAGGAAGCGGUUGAACAAGCCAGAGACCAGGGAGAUGAGUUCAAUGUUGACAUCAAGACUUUCCGUACAAGCGAUGUGAGACGGCGAUCAGUUCCAAUUCGUCCAUCAAGCCACGUCGAAGGCCGCUUUGCCCCCUCGGAGCAGAUGCUCGACGAUUUCUACAUGGAUGUUCCUGAUGCCUCAGGUAUAAAUCGGCGACAGGGUAUACGUAUACCGGCAGACUUUGCUCAGAUCAGGCCGCCCCAGGUAUUCCGAGACUCGUCGGAAUCGGUCUUCACGGCAUCUUCUGAAGGCGCAUCAAACAUGGUUCGAACACCCCGCAAUGUUGAGAGCUUGAUGAGUGAGGAAGACCAGCGGAAGCUACACUUUGCCCGUCAAGCUCGGUUAUCUAGUGAUGCGUCUCCAAUGGAUGAAGGUAAAGAUGAGAAAGAAAUCGGCUCCAACUAUGACGGGGACUGGCCUGCUGACCCGGAGCCUAUCUUGUUGAUUCCCGGGGCCUUCGAACCCCCUCCGCUUAACACUCGUCCCGAACGUCGCCGAUACAUCUUGGAGGAAUCUAUCGUUGAGGACUCUCGUGAAGACAUUGCGCUCCAGAGACUACCCGAGCACAUGCAAAGAGGAUCGCGAUCCCUUGAUCCGCCCCAAGACAUGGUAUAA